AUGCACUAUCACACUUUGGUACCCCUUUUCCAGGAGGUUGUAGGAUCCUCCACUGGUCAGACUGAACUAUCUGAGGGACGGACAGAUGUCACUUCUGGAUCUUCCGCGGGUGAUGACGUCCCUCCCUCUGAUGGAGAAUCCUCCCCAGCUGCUGAGACUCGUCCCAUCCCUCCCUCUGAUGAGCAAAAAGCUGUCACUGACAGGGUCACUGACAGCAAGCUGAGUGGGACAGAAAGGCUGGAAGAUGAGGAGGCAGAAGGGGACAGCAGCAUAGAUACCAGUGGACUCCCCCUGGUUUCUCCAACUCCAAGCUGCACAGAGACACAGCAGACAGGGGUUGAGGACCAGUCCACCCGGAAGCGGAAGAGACCAGACCAACCUUUCGUGCCUUCAAAGAGACUGAAGACUGCCUUGUUUUCUCCAAUGGAGAUGGAAAUACAGUGCCUGGUGCAGAUGUUUGGUACCAUGAGCUUGUAAGCUCUCCUAAAGGUG